AUGGGCUGGGCAACACGAAAGGUAGCGGAAUCUGCGGUUGUCCGUGUGCGAGGUGUAAUUCAUGACCGGUUCGGAUGCAUUGAGGCCUCUGAGGCCCUCAAUCGAGGGUUCUUCACGAGUUUCGCCCGACGAGCCGAAUUCAAAGCGAAAGAAUGUUCGCACAGCAUGCACCACGUGCAAACGGCGCAAGUUGAAGGAGCCUCAUGCGCCAUCGAUGAAGAUGGCGACCAGCGGCGGAAGCAUGUCCUUAAACGAAAACUCGACUCACUGGACGAGAAAGGCCAUCUUCUGGAUCGACUCAUCGCCACCCUCCAGGAAAGCGACAGGACCUAUGCUGCGCAGAUAACAAAUCUCAUUCGCAGCCAUGCAUCACUGGACGAGAUCAGAGCCUUUAUGGACGACCUGAUGGAACGCCCCCGGCUGGAAAAGACUCCAGAACUAAUCGAGGCAUGUCAUAGUGUUCAGCAGUGGCACGAGUCGCAAAGAAGAGCAGUUCGUCCCAGGCCGGAACCGAAGCAAUUAUCCGACAUGGCGCUAUUCCGAGUACCCGCCCACCCAUGGACGAGUAUCACGGAGGAUGACGACUUUGUGUCACAUUUGAUAUCACUGUGGUUCACUUGGGCACACCCGUUCCUGAACUGGAUUGAUAGAGACUUGUUCAUCCGAGAAAUGCAAUCGGGAAAUAUAGAUUCCGAAUUUUGUUCUCCAUUCCUGGUCAAUAUUAUUCUUGCAGAUGCUUGUGCAUACUCUGACUAUCCCGAAGCAUAUGCCAUUGCGGCCGAACAGUGGUCCCGAGGGCUCCACUUUUAUAAAGAGGCCAAGCGUUAUUUUGAGAAAGAUGCCGGCAAAGGAAAGAUUGCGACUCUCCAAGGGAUGGGUGUGCUAUAUCUUUGCACAUGCAUGAUUGGCAGGGACCGCAUUGGAUGGAGGUACCUUGGUGACCUUGCACAUGGAGUCCACGAACUGGCUGAAAGGCGUGGACCAACACCUGAAGACGCUGACCAAGAUACAAUACGCAAAUUGAAAGCAACUGACCAUAUGAUCUGGGGGCUGUUCACACUAGCGUCGAUGACCGCACUUUCAUAUCAGAGGUCAGCACCGAUAAAAGUGCCGCAGAUACCUUAUCCGCUGGUGGGCCGCGAUGUUCAUCGCGAGAAAUGGUCCAACUAUCCUCUCCAAUCCGAAACAACCAAAGCCCAUACUCAGUGUCUGUCCAAGGCCCUUAAUGACGUGAGCCUUAUCACGUACGACCUGACUUGGUCUCUAUUCAACCGUGGUAACGAAGAGCAAACCCUCAAUGUCGAGGACGAGCAAUGCCACGCCACAUGUCUUGAGUCUUCAGUUUGUCAUCCUUCCCCUGGGAAAGAGAAGUUGUUAGAGCUGACCAAAGUCAACACCAGCCUGAAAUACCACACCAUUAUCCAAACAAUAUUCGGCGUCGUAAAGGACCUUCCCAAAGCUGAGGACUGUGACGAAAGUGCGGAAUGGCUGCAUGAAACUCGCCAAGGAGCCCAAAAGCGCUGUAUCGAGUCGGCUCUGGCGAGCGGUGACUUGAUCGACAUCCAUUGUGAUUUAUGGGGCCUAGAUCAAAUGCCACCCGUCAAUAUCCAGUGGGUAACUGUUUCCAUGUUCACUCUCCUGCCGUACUUGGAGGACGGAGAGAAAAACCGCAAGGCCUUUACUAGUCUGAGCAUUGCGGCCAAGGCGUUCUCAAACCGGUGGUCACUGGGCAAGGGAAUGCUCCGGUUGUUCCAAGUGACAUCCAAGCAAAUGGAGAUAAAGCUGCCAGCUGAGACAGACGCUCUGUACACUGACUUCGAGACCAACACCUGGAGUCGAGAAGACCGCAAGAUCCUUAACAGCCAGUAUCCCAACUUUAUCAAUUCAAUGAAAGGCGGGCAGGUGGACGAGAUCGAGCUCGACAUGUUCUUGAAUAAAUUCGAUGAUUUGCAUCUUGAUGACGACAGUGAUGAGGAAGGCUCAGAGGCAUUCGAUUGA